GCUAUAACAAUUUCCAAUAAAUGUCUAUUUAUCUGCUUUAACUACAAGGGGAAUUGGUGGGAAUGCAUUUGCUAUCGUGGAUUUAAAAUAUGAAUCCUGAGUCCUAUAAGCUCUCUUGAUGACUGAGGCAGGGAGUCUCUCACUCAAAGACACUGAAGGAUUUAUUCCCAGCCUUCAAAUCUUCACAUGAAAGCAUUUUAAAUACUGCAGACACCAAACAAGCAGCAAUUCUCAGAAGCGAUAAAGCAGGGGCUCUAAUGAAACUGCUAUUUUCCCCCAUAGGCAAGAGAAAACAAUAGGGGCAGCUAGUAAUCUACUGCAAUAAAAAUAAAGAUCCUAUCUUCUCUUUAUCCAAAUGUUGAAGGGUAUGUAACCAAGGUAGUCAUUAAUAUAUUACAAAUUUUCAAAUACAAAAUACAUUUCCUAAUCAAAGGAUUAUAGUACAAACAGGUAUCUUUCGAUUGGACAGUUCCAGCACUCAUGAAAAGAGGAAUGAGAGGCAGUCAUAUGAUACAUUUAUGGUAUUUUAUUUAACUCCUUUGAACAUUAAACACCUAGUAUGUAUCAGGUAUUGUCAUAUGCACACAGCAGCCACAAAAAAGAAAAAGUCAAUGCUCUUAUGAAACUAUCAUUCUGAUGAGAGAAAAAAUAAAAAAUAAUGCAUCAGUGCUAGGAAGAAAAACAGGAAGACUAUCUCCAUCCUUAUUUGCCCUGAGCAGUACCCUUUUCACAGCUGUUGUCUUGGUGGAAAUACUAAAAACACACUCUUAUGCUCAAAGUAUCCUGGUAGAAGAUAGGAUAACCUUAAAGACAAUGGGAGAGAGAUGGAGAUAUUGACCAAAAGGGGAUGCCAUUAUUAAAUACUUGGAUGAGAAAAGAUCUCUCAUUAUGAUGAUAAAUUUGAGGAGGGACUGGAGAGAAGAGAGGGAGCAAGCAAUACACACAUCUGCAGGAAGAGCUUUGAAGGCAGUAUAUUUGUGGCAGUAUGUAGCUGACUCUUGAACAGUGUGAGAGUCAGGGGUGCCCAUCCUCUCUGCAGUUGAAAAUCCACAUAUAGCUUAUAGUCAGUCCUCCACAUUGGUUUCUCCGUGUAAGUGGUUCCUCUGUAUCUGCAGUUCCUCCUUAUCUGUGGUUCAGCAUCCAUGGAGUCAACCAAAGACCAUGCACUGUAGUAUUUACUAUUGAAAAAAAUUUGUGUAUAAGUGGACCUGUGCAACUCAAAUCUGUGUUGUCCAAAGUUCAGGUGUAUUGUGUGUGUGUGAGACACAGUCUGUGUCUUUGUUUUUUUUUUUUCCUUUGCAGACACGUUUAUGUAAAUAUAUAUAUACUGUAAAUAUAAAUACAGUACAGAGUAAUAUAUCUAUUAAAAGAGGUUUGUAUAAAAUGCAGUAGGUGUUUAACAAUAGGCAGCUAACAAGGUUUGGUAGUAUUGGGGUAUUUUAAGAGGAUCUGGUAAGGAGGUGAUAUUUGCUUAUAAAGAAUGAGAAUUUCUGGGGACUAGUGUUGGGGGAGGGGCGCCAAGACCAUUCUGAAGUCAAGAAACAAGUUACAUAAAAUUAGAGGUAGAAAUAACCUUGUUUCUUAUUUUAGGCCAGAUAUUCUCCCUCCUCCUACCUCAGCCUGCCCCUUUCUUUUUAAAAUAUGAUUUUAGGUUUUGAGAAUCUAGGCUAUACUAAAAGCCAGUAAGGUUAAGACUCUCGUGACGGUGGUUAAAAAGUAAGAGAAAAAACAACGAUCCCAGGAGAGCUAAAAGGGAUUAUGUGGACAUUGAAACUUCAGAUAGGGAGGUCAAAAGUGGAUACAAAUAGAGUCAUCUUCGAUUCUGCUGGGGAGAGGUCUUAUAGUAGAUAUUUAUACUUGUAAAUAUCAACUUAAACUUAGGUAUUCAGUGACAAUAGACUGAGACUCCUAAAUUCUGGAUUAAAGUCUUAGCUCUGCUCCAUUCUAUAGAUCAGCAAAGAACUGUCCUAGGAGAUUUUAACUUGAGACUGUCUGAUGGAAAUAAAGAAUGUUUAAAAAGUUAGAAAAUAUAAAGUAAUACGUUACACUUAAUGUAGUGUUACUCACAUCUUUUAGAAUUCUAUGACAUGGACACUGAGGAUGGUAGAUGAGUGGAAGUUGCAAGAGAAAUCAUUGAGUGUCCUGACUGCCAACUUCACGGUGAACUACAGCUCCUUUCUCCUACUUCCUCCUAGGCUGUGCUCCUGUGUCUGCUGGAUUCAUUCCCCGUCCUGGAGAAAGCCCUACACUGGAAGGGAGAUGGGGCCCGACCCACCACACACUGUGACGAGGUCCUGCAGCUGAUCCUAACGCACAUGGAGCCCGAGCACCGCCUUCUCUUACGCAGGACUUACGCGAGAAACCUGGCAGCUUUUGUGAAAAGGUUGGGGAUCCUAAGUGUCCGGCACUUGAAAAGGCUGGAGCGAGUCAUCAUUGGUUACUUGGAGGUAUAUGAUGGACCCGAGGAGGAGGCCAGACUGAAGAUGCUGGAAACCCUGAAGCUUCUCCUGCAGUAUACUUGGCCCAGGUUGCAUUUAUUUACUUACUGUCUCUCUCUGCUGAACUCCAAGCUCCAGGAAGAUGGAAGAUCACCUUGGUAUACCGAGAACUCCAGAUUUACUCAGAACCUGGUAUUAAGUUUUGCUGUUUAGUCACUAAGUGGUGUCUGACUCUUUUGCAACCCCAUGGACUAUAGCCUGCUAGGCUUCUCUGUCCAUGGGAUUUUCCAGGCAGGAAUACUGGAGUGGGUUGCCAUUUCCUCCUCCAGGGAGUCUGUGUCUUUGUAAGAGACAGAGUGUGUGUCUACAGAAGAGAAUCUACAAACCUUUCAUGAGAAAAGAUGAAAAUUCAGUGUCAGUAGAGAAGGCUACAUGGUAGAAAACUUUUCAUUCUCUUUCCUACCUAAAAAAUGGCUCCCAGGAAAUAGCUUUCAUCAUAACUCUAAUUUAUUCUGGUAGAUUCCAGAAUUAAAACCAUUUCCCUAAAGAGAAUGCCUUCUCUAUGAAUGCAAAAUCACCCUAUAUGGCUUUUAAUGUCACUGGCCCUUAUAUACCACUUUGUAUUUAUGUAUCAUAAAUAUAUAUAUUUCAGAGGCUUAAAGUGGUUCUGGACCUCUGGAGGCUCCUUACAGGUUCAGAUAUGGUAUGAAUAGAAUGUGGCAGUUCCCAAAUAAUAAAGAGUAAUAACACACUACCAAUAAAAAUAAGCAAGGAUAUUUUAAGUGUUUCCCGCGUGCCAAGGACUUUUCUAAGCACUCUGUCUGACGUUACUCAAGUAUCUGUCCAUUUAUAAGACUGCCCAAUUUAAGAGGGUCCUUGGAUUUC